UCAACAUUUCCCUCCCAUUGUUUUUACAGAAUAACAAAGUGACUUUGGGGAGGGAGAUGAAUGACAAGUUCGACAGUAGCAGCUAGGUUUAAGGGAUCUUAGUACUAAAAUUCUUCUGGAAUUUCAGUGGACUUGAGAUACCUUCUUUUCUAGUCCAUGUUCUGUGAGAUAACAGAAAAAUCCUGGGCCGCCUGAGAUGGUAACACUCGCUGGAUACUCAAAGUUCAUUCUCCUGACCUGCAGCAGUAGCAUCGCCUAGGCCUGUUAGAAAUACCGAUUCCCAGGCCCCCUGCAGACCCACUGAACCCGGCACUCCAGGCUGGGGCCUAGCAGCAUGUUUUCACACGCCUGUGUGCUUCUGAUGUGCACAAAUUCCAGAAGCGCCACAUUCGCCUCCUCUCUGGGCUCCUGCAUUCCUCAAGGGAAGCACAAAGAUUCAAUCCAGAUGGAGAUAAUUUCACCCAGGAUCCUUUAUCAUUCACAUGUCUCCUUCAGACAUGUUCUAAAGAGGGACAGAUGGGCCUUAAUGAAAACGAAGGAAAAGACAGGAAGUUUCUCCAGCAUUAUUAGCAUCAUCAUUAUUCUGGCUGCAGCAAUUGCGCUCAUCAUUGGUUUUGGUAUUUCAGGCAAACACUUUAUCACAGUCACUACCCUCACCUCAGCUGGGAACAUUGGAGAGGAUGGAAUCCUGAGCUGCACUUUUGAACCAGACAUCAAACUUUCUGAUAUUGUGAUACAGUGGCUGAAGGAAGGUGCUAUGGGCUUGGUCCAUGAGUUCAAAGAAGGCAAAGAUGACCUGUCAGACCAAGAUGAAAUGUUCAGAGGCCGGACAGCAGUGUUUGCUGACCAGGUGAUUGUCGGCAAUGCCUCUUUGAGGCUAAAAAACGUGCAACUCACAGAUGCUGGCACCUACAAAUGCUACAUCAUCACUUCUAAAGGCAAGGGGAAUGCUAACCUUGAGUAUAAAACUGGAGCCUUCAGCAUCCCAGAAGUGAAUGUGGAAUAUAAUGCCAGCUCAGAGAGCUUACGAUGUGAGGCUCCCCGAUGGUUCCCCCAGCCUACAGUCGUCUGGGCGUCCCAGGUUGACCAGGGAGCCAACUUCUCAAAAGUCUCCAACACCAGCUUUGAGCUGAACUCUGAGAAUGUGACCAUGAAGGUUGUGUCUGUACUCUACAAUGUCACAAUCAACAACACAUACUCCUGUAUGAUUGAGAACAACAUUGCCAAAGCCACGGGGGAUAUCAAAGUGACAGACUCUGAGAUUAAAAGGCGGAGUCACCUACAGCUGCUGACCUCAAAGGCCUCCCUGGGUGUCUCUUCCUUCUUUGCCAUCACCUGGGCACUCCUGCCUCUCUCCCCUCACCUGAUGCUAAAAUAAUAAGCCUUGGCCAUACAGAAACAUGCAAAGUCACCGGUACAACAGAAUCCCAGGGAUCUAAAGAACUAUUUCACCACAAGAUAUGACCUAGUUUUAUAUUUCUGGGGGGGAAUGAAUUCAUGUCUAGAAGUCUUGAGUGAACAAGUAAGAUCAAGAAGCAAAAAGAAGCCAAAAGCAACCCACAGAAGACUCCAAUAUGAGCAAGAUAAAUACACCUUCAAAGACAUAUAUUAAAAGUUGAGAAAAGAAUUCAUCUGAACCAGAGAAGUGUGUUGAGACUGCUAAGUAAAAGGCAUGUGGAGACACGUGCACCCCCAU